UGCUACGUGAGUGAAUACUCAAAUCUCCACGCUAGCAAAGCAGCGUCCACGUCUGAUCCAAAUUUUAAUAUAAAAAUGACGAAAGAGCUAGAGAGAGUGUAGGCUAGGUUUAUUAUAAUUAAGUCGAGAGAGAGAGCGCUUUAGAAACCUUACUCAACUGAAUCCAUGGCUGAAAACCCUGAAAAUGUUGUGAAGCGGUGUGCAUACGAACUAUCUUCCUGGUUUAGCAUUAUUAACAACCCUAACCCUAACCCUAAACAUUCGAAACCUGCUACAGAUGAUGACCAGCCCAACCACCACCGCCAGCAGUACCAUCAGAGCUUCUACUCCGAUGUGUUUUUUAGAUAUCUCGACGGCGAUGAUCGUGAAUUCAAUAACGAUCUAAUUAACCAAAACAAAGAAGAAUUUUACGACGAGGAUGAUCAAGAUAACAUUAGUAAUAAUGGCGGUGCUGGUUUAGCAGAAAAUGAUAGUAAUGAUUUUUGGGUGACUCAUCAACAGAUUUUGCUGGGUAGUUUGCGGAGAAGUGAAGGAGUGAAGGAGUACUCGCAGAUGUCGAAGACAAGGUUGUGCGGUUGCGGGAGAGCAAAGGCCGCCGAUUUCCGGAACUGUCUGUUGAGAGAAGUGUCCAUUCGGCUUCGAAACGACAGUUACAAUAGUACCUUUUGCAAGUCUAACUGGCGGUGUUCACCUGAUUUCCCUUCAGGGGAGCAUAGGUUUGUGGAUGUGGUGGAUAAUAGUAACAGAAAGAAAGAGGUUCGAGUGAUAAUAGAGCUAAACUUGAGGACUGAGUUCGACAUGGCUCGGGCGAGUGAGGAAUACAAGAGACUCGUUCAGCUCCUUCCAGAAAUGUACGUGGGGAAAGUGGAGAGAUUAGAGAUGGUGAUAAGGAUAAUGUGCGCAGCAGCUAAGAAGUGCACGAGGCAGAAGAAGAUGCACUUGGCCCCAUGGAGAAAGCACCAAUACAUUCGUGCCAAGUGGCUCAGCCCAUGCAAAAGAGACACCUCACCGUCAUCAGAUCCUCUAAUAUUAUUUCCUAAUAAUAAUAUUAGGAGGACCAACACCACCAUCACCAGGAGGACCUCCUUGCUCACUGUUGACUUGCUUGACAUGCUGCCUAAUAAUAAUAGCAUGCAUUGAACUAAUAAACCACUUGCAGUAGGAUGAUAUAAUUACACAUACAUACUUACUAUCAAUGCUCAAAGAAUCAAGACAAUUGUAUGGAAUGAUUUCAUUGUAUCGAUUGAAUAAUAUUACAGAAUAUUUAUACAAUACAUAAAUAGCUAGAGAUCUAA